UGUCAUCGAGCAGUCGCGUCUGCGCGAAAUCCGCAAAAUACUGGAGAUGUCGUCCUAGCCCGAUCCCCAAGGCUGAGUUUGACCAGAUCUUCAACGAGCUGCUCCCCAGCGCUGUUCGAGUUGUGUACAGACUAUGUCGGAAACGUGCUGGUGCAGAAAAUGGCCGAGCGUGGCGACCAGGUGCAGAAGCUGGCGCUGGUCAAGCGGGUCGGCCCGUACAUGGCCUCUAUCGGCGUCCACAAGAACGGUACGUGGGCCGUGCAGAAGAUCAUUGACACUGCAACCAACGACGACCAGAAGCGGGUGAUUGUCGAGAACAUCAAGCAAUACACGCCCCAGCUGCUGCUGGACCAGCUUGGCAACUACGUCGUCCAGUGCUGUCUGCGGUUUGGCCCCAGCAAGUACGAGUCUGAGGAGGCCUCGAGCGACGCCAAGACCAGGGAGAACAGCUCUACGUCUGCCAGCAACGUCGAUCAGUCAAAGAUCCACCUGGCCCGUGCAGCCUCGAACCAGUUUGUGUUUGAUGCGAUCCAUGCCCGGUGCUGGGAUAUCGCGCAGGGCCGCUUCGGUGCGCGUGCCAUCCGCACCUGCCUCGAGUCGCCGCACGCCUCGAAGCUGCAGCAGAAGCUGGCCGCAGGUUGCCCUGGUCACUAAUGCCGUGUCGCUGGCCACCAAUGUCAACGGGCACCUGCUGGUCAACUGGCUGCUGGACUCGUCAAAGUUCACUGCUGGCCACGCACAAGCUUGGCGCCUCGACAAUUUCCAAGAUCGUUGACCAGACCAUGGAGCCCGAUGCGCGUGAUCUGAUCUUGAA